CAGCACUGUAUUCCCUGAGUUUCUUUGGCUUUUGGUUGUGAGUGCCUCUUCUCAACAAGCUUUCCAUCAUGAUUGAGCCCUUCUUGGGAACCUGGAAGCUGAUCUCCAGUGAAAACUUUGAGGAAUACAUGAAACAACUAGGAAUGAGCGCAGCAGCCCGGAACCUGGCGGAGUUAGCAAAGCCGAUAAUCCGUAUUAGUGCCAACGGGGAUGAAGUGAACAUCAAAGUAGAAAAUUCCCUCAAGAACACUGAAAUCUCCUUCAAACUGGGGGAAGAAUUUGAUGAAAUCACAGCGGACGGUCGGAAAGUGAAGAGCAUCGUAACAUUAAGCAAUGGUUCAAUGAUUCAUGUCCAAAAAUGGCUUGGCAAGGAGACAACAAUCAAAAGACAAAUUGUAGAUGGAAACAUGGUAGUGGAAUAUACCAUGAAUAAAACUGUCAGCACUCGCAUUUAUGAAAAGGUAUGAAGGAAAUUUCUACAUCAGUGGAAACUUGUUCACUAACGAGAAACUGGGACUUGAAGAAGAUAUGCCUCAGGGCCAUUGAUUUAAAAAAAUUGUUCAACAUAAAUUUGCUCAAUAAAACCAUCAAAUUAAGUGCA